AUGGUUAUUUUGACGAAAGACCAACAACAAGAUUCCGCUCAAAACGGAUUGUGGCUUCCGCAACUUGAACGCGAUGCAUGUGGCGUUGGAUUUGUCUGCUCCGUCAAGGGAAUCCCGUCGACGAAGAUCAUGUCUGAUGCUCGCACAAUGCUUGAACGUAUGGCUCAUCGUGGAGCGUGCGGCUGCGACAACGAUUCCGGCGACGGCGCCGGCGUUCUCACGGCGAUUCCCGAUGCAUUCUAUCGCAAACUGAUAAAAGAACAGGAAGGCAUCGACUUGCCGCCGUUUGGCCAAUACGCUACCGGAAUCUUGUUUCUUGAGGAUGAAUCCUACAAACUUGCCAAGGAGGCGUUCAAAGAUUUGGCUCUUUCCUGUGAGCUUGAUGUCAUUGCUUGGAGAAAACUUGGAACCAAUCGUGAUUGUAUUGGAGAAGAAGCAAAGAAGACCGAACCCUUGAUUCGUCAGGUGUUUGUCACUGCUGAAUAUGCUGAAAGCAAUCCGGAGAAAUUUGAGCGCAGCAUUUACUUGCUCCGCAAACAGGCGGUUAACAACAUGGCCAAACAGGAUGUAGUGUGUUACGUUUGCUCAUUGAGCACUAGUACUAUCGUCUACAAGGGUCAAUUCAACACUCAACAGCUUUUCCCCUACUACGAUGAUCUCACUAAUCCGGAAUUUCAAACUCAUCUAGCUUUGGUUCACUCACGAUUCUCAACCAACACAUUCCCCAGCUGGAAUCGCGCCCAACCAAAUCGUAUGCUCGCCCAUAACGGAGAAAUCAAUACUCUCCGUGGAAACAUCAAUCUGAUGCACGCUCGUGAGGGAGUCAUGAAGAGCAAAUACUAUCGUGACGAUCUUCAGAAGCUCUUCCCAAUUGUCGAAGAAGGUCUCACCGACUCCGGUUGUCUCGAUAACGUCCUCGAAUUUUUGGUACGUGCUGGAAAUCGCUCCCUUCCCGAAGCGGCAAUGACAAUGGUGCCCGAGGCUUGGGAGAAAGACGAUGACAUGUCAUCGGAGAAGAAGCAUUUCUAUCGUUGGGCAGCGAUGAGCAUGGAGCCUUGGGAUGGACCCGCGCUUCUCGCAUUCUCCGAUGGACGAUACAUUGGUGCGAUUUUGGAUCGCAAUGGGCUUCGCCCCGCGAGAUACUACUUGACGGAUGAUGACCACCUUUACUUGAGCUCAGAAGUCGGUGUGAAUGACAUUGAGAUUGGAACUAUCGUAAAAAAGGUGCGCAUUUUUUUGGUAUGA